GCUGUUUCUCCUUAGCUGUAAUUUAUGACUGACAGCAUUAUUUCUCUUGGACAGUGAAAGAAAAUUUUAAUCUUUUUAUAGUACCACAUAUUGUAUAGAAUUUGUUUGUGUCUAAUUUUGACUCUGUAGCUCCCCAAACCCUAGAGAACAUGUGAAGUAGUUAGCCUACUCUUAUCCUUGACAUGAGAUUUUCAUCUUUUAUCUUAAAUAGAAUAGCGAACUCUUUCUUUCAGUGAAGGACUUUUCCUCUAUUAGUCACACUUAGUGGUUACAAAGUUCUCUUUUCUUUUAUACAAAUGCCAACAUUUUUGUAACUUCUUGGCUUAUGAAGAGUGCGUGUUUAGAGUUACCAGGAACCAUGAAAGGGAAGAUACCAUUGGUGUUUAUUUACUGAGAUUUAAUAGGAGAGUCAUUAAUAUGGCAUUUUCACCCUUUUCCUGCCGAAAUCUGGGAGAGCUUUUGGUUGCAUAUGCCUUUCAGGCUUAGCAUUUGUAAAACAGGAACAGCUUGUGACUUUUACCAUAGGACAGGGCUUUCAGCAGAAAUAGGUCUAUCACAAUUACUGUGAAUAUGUGCACAGGAAUCCUUGCUAUGGUGGGAAUGUUUAUUUGUUUACUUUUCAUAACCAACAGCAAACAACCCUUCUCUUGAAGAAGUAUAUUUCUCCUCUGGAUUUUGAGAAAAUUUUAACCUUUUGCAUGAUGUAUAUAGAUCACCUUUUGACCACAAAUAUAUGUCACAUCACAUUGGACAGGUUUCAAAUCACAACCAUGAAGUUCAACAACAUACUGAUAAAAAUGGCCAUGCAACAAUGUGAAGAUUAACAUGUAGCAAGAUCCAGGGUAUAUUAAGUUGUAAUAAUAAAAAAGGCACAGCCUUAGGUGCCCCAUAGUUCAUGGUUUGCACCACAUUUUCACACAAGUUUUGUAGAUGUCUAACUACAGACACUAGCACACAUACUUUGGUGACAAGUCAAAAACCUUUUGGGAAAUUAAUAUUAUCCAAAUGUGUUUUGGUGAAAGUCUAUCCUUCCUGAGAAAAGUCCUGCCAACAAAAUGUAGAGAAAUGAGUAUGAAAUUUAGGAAUGAACAAAAAAAGAAGUCAUUUUGUGACAUUUACAAGUGGACAAGGAAGGACGUCAUUUUGGGCAAAGGGAACCCACAUGCAAAACCGUGUUAUGAGAAUAUUAGAUAUUUGGCAAAUGUCCCAGAGUUUCAUGUGAAUUUGUACGCUGUUGAUAAAGAGGAAGGAAUGGAAUCAGGAAAUAUGAAACGGUUAGAAUGAUUAAACUUGGUGACUAACAGAAGUAGUAAGGAAGAAAGGAUUGGACAUAUCCUAACCAACGGAGCUUAUUAGUCACAGAUGUUGGUGAAUAAAUCCCACCAUGCCCCAUCUAUUCCUGACAAGCGCAAUCAAGGAAAGUCCAUAAGCUUGAUAAUGGAGGAGAACAAUGACGCCACGGAGAACCCCCAACAAGGCCAAGGGCGGCAGAAUGCCAUCAAGUGUGGGUGGCUGAGGAAGCAAGGAGGCUUUGUCAAGACUUGGCAUACUCGCUGGUUUGUGCUCAAGGGGGAUCAGCUCUACUAUUUCAAAGAUGAAGAUGAAACCAAGCCCUUGGGUGCUAUUUUUCUGUCUGGAAAUAAAGUUUUUGAGCAUCCCUGCAAUGAAGAGAACCCAGGGAAGUUCCUUUUUGAAGUAGUUCCAGGAGGCGAUCGAGAUCGGAUGACAGCAAAUCAUGAGAGCUACCUCCUCAUGGCAAGCACCCAGAAUGAUAUGGAAGACUGGGUGAAGUCCAUCCGCCGAGUCAUAUGGGGACCUUUUGGAGGAGGCAUUUUUGGACAGAAACUGGAGGAUACUGUUCGUUAUGAGAAGAGAUACGGAAACCGUCUGGCUCCGAUGUUGGUGGAGCAGUGCGUGGACUUUAUCCGACAAAGGGGGCUGAAAGAAGAGGGUCUCUUUCGACUGCCAGGCCAGGCUAAUCUUGUUAAGGAGCUCCAAGAUGCCUUUGACUGUGGGGAGAAGCCAUCAUUUGACAGCAACACAGAUGUACACACGGUGGCAUCACUUCUUAAGCUGUACCUCCGAGAACUUCCAGAACCAGUUAUUCCUUAUGCGAAGUAUGAAGAUUUUUUGUCAUGUGCCAAACUGCUCAGCAAGGAAGAGGAAGUGGGUGUUAAGGAAUUAGCAAAGCAGGUGAAGAGUUUGCCAGUGGUAAAUUAUAACCUCCUCAAGUAUAUUUGCAGGUUCUUGGAUGAAGUACAGUCCUACUCGGGAGUUAACAAAAUGAGUGUGCAGAACUUGGCAACUGUCUUUGGUCCUAACAUCCUGCGCCCCAAAGUGGAAGAUCCUUUGACUAUCAUGGAGGGCACCGUGGUGGUCCAGCAGUUGAUGUCAAUGAUGAUUAGCAAACAUGAUUGCCUCUUUCCCAAAGAUGCAGAACUACAAAGCAAACCCCAAGAUGGAGUGAGCAACAACAACAAUGAAAUUCAAAAGAAAGCCACCACGGGGCAGUUACAGAACAAGGAGAACAAUAACACCAAGAACAGCCCUGGUAGGCAGUGCUCCUGGGACAAGUCUGAGUCUCCCCAGAGAAGCAGCAUGGACAAUGGAUCCCCCACAGCUCUAUCAGGCAGCAAAACCAACAGCCCAAGGAACAGCGUUCACAAGCUAGAUGUGUCUAGAAGCCCCCCUCUCAUGGUCAAAAAGAACCCAGCCUUUAAUAAGGGUAGUGGGAUAGUUACCAAUGGGUCCUUCAGCAGCAGUAAUGCAGAAGGUCUUGAGAAAGCGCAAACCACCCCCAAUGGAAGCCUACAGUCUAGAAGGACCUCUUCACUGAAGGGAUCUGGUACCAAAAUGGGCACGCACAGUGUACAGAAUGGAACGGUGCGCAUGGGCAUUUUGAACAGCGACACACACGGGAACCCUGCAAAUGGACGAAACAUGAGCUGGCUGCCAAAUGGCUAUGUGACCCUGAGGGAUAACAAGCAGAAAGAACAAGCUGGAGAGUCAGGCCAGCACAACAGACUGUCCACCUACGAUAACGUCCAUCAACAGUUCUCCAUGAUGAACCUUGAUGACAAGCAGAGCAUCGACAGCGCCACCUGGUCCACUUCCUCCUGUGAAAUCUCCCUCCCUGAGAACUCCAACUCCUGUCGCUCUUCCACCACCACCUGUCCAGAGCAAGACUUUUAUGGGGGGAACUUUGAGGACCCUGUUUUGGAUGGGCCCCCACAGGAAGACCUUUCCCACCCCAGGGACUAUGAAAGCAAAAGUGACCAUAGGAGUGUGGGAGGUCGAAGUAGUCGUGCCACCAGCAGCAGUGACAACAGUGAGACAUUUGUUGGUAACAGCAGCAGCAACCACAGUGCACUGCACAGUUUAGUUUCCAGCCUGAAACAGGAAAUGACCAAACAGAAGAUAGAGUAUGAGUCCAGGAUAAAGAGCUUAGAACAGCGAAACUUGACUUUGGAAACAGAAAUGAUGAGCCUCCAUGAUGAACUGGAUCAGGAGAGGAAAAAGUUCACAAUGAUAGAAAUAAAAAUGCGAAAUGCCGAGCGAGCAAAAGAAGAUGCUGAGAAAAGAAAUGACAUGCUACAGAAAGAAAUGGAGCAGUUUUUUUCCACAUUUGGAGAACUGACAGUGGAACCCAGGAGAACCGAGAGAGGAAACACAAUAUGGAUCCAGUGAGCCUGCUUUCGCCUGCCGUCUCCAAUGGCUCUGGCAAGGACUCCAGGGAUUCUGGUGGGAUAUGACUUAGAACCAGGUGGCUGGUCACCUGGAUGUACAGAAGUCUAACUGGUGAAGGAAUAUCAUUUACAGACAUUAACCAUCCAUAUCUGCAAUGUGUACCAAAGUUAUGUCAUGCCCCAUAAUGCUACUGUCAAGUGUUACAACUGGAUAUGUGUAUAUAGAGUAGUUUUUCAAAAGUCAACUAAAAAUGAGAAGCAUAUUUCAAGAAUUAUUUUAUUGCAAGUCUUGUAUUUAAAAUGUUAAAUCAAUAUGUUGUUGCAAUUUAGCUUGCUUUCAAGCUUCACCCCUUGCACUUAACAUAAGCUAUUUUUGGCAUUGUGUUAUCAUCAGCUUAUUUUAUAGAUCAAUAUUUUUAUUUCCCUUUUUGCUGAGGAAAUGAAGAUAAGCAAAAAUAUAAAUAUAUAUAUAUAUAAAUAUAUGAGUUAUUAAAAUCAGAAGAAUACUUCGUGGCUGUGCUGUUUGUGCCAAUAGACUUUGUCAUGACCAAAAAGAGAAAUGUAAAUACUUUUAUAAAAUACAGUCGAAUCACCAGGAACCUUUGAGCUGCUUUUAAAAUUCUUCCCCUGGCAUCACUCAGUUUUGCCUUUGCCAGACGAUUUGACUUAGGAACUUUGAGACUCCAUGAGAAAGUCCCUUUCUGAGGCCCACUGUCUACCUUGCCAGAUCCUUGGUGUGUAUCACCAAUGCAGGAUGCUCCUUAGAGAAGAAAAAAAUGGUAAAGAAUGGCAUUUAACCAUUCAGGCUUUGAAUUACUCUGUCAUUCUGGACUAAAUCUCUUUAACUGCUGGAUAGCUGUAGAGGAAUUCUUCCUGCUACUUAGGAAUUGGGAAACAAUGCUUGCUAAACCAUGCCCAUGUGAGCACCUGUCUCCCACUCAAACCUCUCCCACCUCCCAACAAUGGCACUUGAAUGGCAGAAUACCAGCAGUGAAAUGGUAUUACUGUUUCCCUCUGAGUGAAACUGCUAGAGUAUGUGUCACGUAGUGACAUUUUUUUCUCACUCAGGCUAUUGCCAUCUGGGAUUCUCUCCCUACUACAGUUGGCAAAGUUGGUUUGCAGCAAGAAGCUGGUGGGAGGGGGCCAGGGUGCAGGAGGAGAAGAAGAAAAGUUUGGAAGGAACAAACUGUUUUGCUUCUAAUUUUGACAGUAUCAGUGUUUCCUGUUGAAAAUAUACAAUAAUUUUAAAAGAUGAAUGCCUAAAGUUCCAAUUUUGGCAAAUAUGGGAACCUCAGCAAUGCUAAUUUUCUAGAAAAACCCAGGGCUCUUUGGAGCUAGAGUUUUGGGAGAACAGUUCUUCACAAUAAGACAAUGGUUUUGAGAAGCCAGGCAAAUAAUCUUUCUCAUAGUAGAACAGAAAGUUACAAAAGUCAAAAUAAGAAAUAAAGACUGCAUACUCGAGUUUAUGGGGUUUGCGUUGUUUGAAGGUUGAAUGCUUGCAUGUGCUUAUUUAUUUUCAAGAGGGAAAGUGGUCUGUACUGUUGUCAUCCUUGCCACUGUCUUGCUUUUAUUUUUACCCUCCCACUGAGCAAGUGUCUGUGGCCCUAUGGUAUCAACCAGUACCUUUAUAGCAAUAACUUCUUUAAUUCCCUUUUCUCUGUCUUUCAAUUAUUUAACCAGUUACUUCCACCUGGAAACACGAUAGGAAAUUCAAACUCAAAAUGUGAAAAUUGAUCUUAAUAACUCUCCCUUCAUAUCUUUUCACCUAUUUCCAGUCCUUAUCAUAGUUGAUAAAAACCUCAGACUCAUCCAGAAAGCUAUAUGAUGUACUAGUAAAACACAAAGAUAUUCAUUCAAACUGCUUGGAUUCCAAUGGUCUACAAUUUGCCAGCUGUUACUACUGAACCUUCCAUGCAUAACUUAUUUUUCCUCUGUGCAAUUGGAAUAAUAAAAAUAAUACUCCCA